AUGAAUUUCAAAACUCUCAUCCUCAACGGCGUCAGGAAGCGCUACAGCGUCGGCUCUACCGUCGGCACAGUUGUCGGAUGCUUUCUUCGCUUCCUGCAGUUCGUCUUUGGCAUCGCUGUCAUCGGCCUGUAUGCGCAAGAUCUCCUACAACAGCACAAGGAUGGUAAACCAUAUGAUCCCAAAUGGACUUAUGCCACUGCCCUAGGCACCCUCUCCUCCUUCUUCGCCAUAAUCUACUUUAUAAUUCCCCUCGUGAUAUCAGGUCCCCUCGCCCUGCUUCCCCGCUUCAACCUCCCCAACCUCAUGCUUGACAGCAUCAUCAGCAUCCUCUGGCUCACGCUCUUCGGCAUCUUUGGCAAGUUGUACAUUUCCAAGGAGGCGACGGAAGGAGAUGUGGACCUCAUUCGCAUGAAGCAUGCCGUUUGGGUGGAUAUGGCGAAUUUGGCGCUGUGGACCGCUACCGCUGUAUGGGCGGGAGUUAGGUUUUGGAAGUGUGGGAAGGGGAGCAGGGCCGAGAAGAAGGAUAGUGAGAUGGGGCAGAUUUGA